CCCUCACCCUGCGACCUGCUGCCGCUAACCUAGGAAACACGGGCUCCGGUCACGUGGUGACGUGCCUCACGCUGAUUGGCCCUUUUUGCAUGUGAUCUGUUGGCAGCUGCUCAUGUGACUUACAGCUCGGAACACAGCGGCUUCCGCAGCGAAGGUUCCCCACCCCUUCUCCCCUGUUCUCCCCACCCAACACCAGCCAUGGCAGGGGACAUAACCGAUACCGGGGAGCUGUAUUCUCCAUUUGUUGGGCUAGUAUAUAUGUUCAACCUGAUUGUUGGCACUGGAGCGCUCACCAUGCCUAAGGCCUUUGCCAAUGCUGGCUGGUUGGUGAGUCUUAUCCUGAUAAUCUUCCUGGCUUUUAUGAGCUAUAUGACAACAACCUUUGUUGUGGAAGCCAUGGCUGCGGCUAAUGCUCAGCUGCGCUGGAAGAAAUGGGAGAAGGAGGAAGCACAGUCAUGCGAGGACUCUGAUAAUGAAUCUGUAUCUGCAGAUGGGUAUAACAACUCUGAAGUCAGACCCAUCCUUUCUGUGCAGCGCCGUGGAUUGUCGGACCCUUUUGACAUUGUGGAGCGUGUUGAAAUGGGACAGAUGGCUUCUAUGUUCUUUAAUAAAGUUGGCGUAAACCUGUUUUACUUAUGUAUAAUUAUAUAUCUUUAUGGAGACCUGGCAAUAUAUGCAACAGCUGUACCUCUGUCUCUUGUUCAAGUCACAUGCUUCUCUGGGAAUCAGUCAUGUGGAACCCAGACAGGAGACCGGAACGAUACUGACCCGUGCUGGGGGAAAAUCAGGCGGAUUGACGCUUACAGGAUCUAUGUGGCUAUAUUUGCCCUGUUACUCGGACCCUUUACCUUCUUCAAUGUACAGAAAACAAAGUACCUCCAAAUUCUGACUUCACUUAUGAGAUGGGUUGCUUUCAUCAUAAUGAUCGUACUGGCAUUGAUUCGUAUUGGUAAGGGUGAAGGGAAAGGUAACCCACCUAUGGCAGAGGUCUCAGGGAUCCGGAAUUUGUUUGGUGUCUGCGUAUACUCUUUCAUGUGCCAACAUUCUCUACCCUCGCUGAUCACACCAGUGUCUACCAAGAAACACCUGACUGGACUUGUCCUUCUGGACUAUGUACUUGUGCUAUCUUUCUACAGCCUGCUUUGUUUCACGGCUAUAUUUUGCUUCACCUCUGGUGCCCUGAUGGAUAUGUAUACUCUUAACUUCAGUGGGUGCAGUCCUUUUGUGCCUCCAGUGAUUGGCUACUUCCUAGGAUUGUUUCCGGUCUUCACCAUUAGCACCAACUUCCCCAUCAUUGCUGUCACACUGCGCAACAACUGGAAGACCCUCUUUCACCGGGAUGGCGGGACAUAUCCAUGGCUUGUAGACCGUAUUGUGUUUCCCCUCAUAACAUUGGUGCCUCCCAUCAUUGUGGCAUUCUGUACUGACCAUUUAGAAAUCCUAGUGAGUGUCACAGGUGCAUAUGCCGGGAAUGGAAUCCAAUAUGUCAUUCCGGCAUUUCUAGUGUUCUGCAGUCGCAAAGAUUCUGCCCUGGUGUAUGGACCUGGACCUGGUAAUAAGCAUCGAUCGCCAUUCAAGCAGGUUGGGUGGGUGUGGUUUGUCCUUCUCUGGGCCUUAUCAUGCUUUAUCUAUGUCACAGCCAACAUAAUCCUGACUGAUGUUAACCUGUAGACAUUGGAAUCUGUGGUCACUGUGGCUCAGAUAUGGCUGUUUUGUGCAGGACACAGAAGCAGCCGUUUGGUUAAUUGUCUGCACAUGUUCUAGAUCUGCUCUCAAGCAGUGGGGCUGGCCCCAUUCUACUGUGUAUUAAUUUGCGUUCGACUAUUAUGUUUAUAAUGGACACAAUUAGUACUGGAAUCUUAAAACAUAUAGGUAUAAAUUAUGCAGUUAUUCUUUUUAUGUAACCAGUUUAUCUGUGCCUUGUCACCUGUUAAAUGAAGGGUAGCCUGUCAUGGAGUCACCUUCUGUCCUGUGCAGGCCUACGUCUCACUGGCAUAUAAGGGUGCCAACACUUGCCUCUGUAUCGAAAGGGAAUUUUAGCACACCUUUUGCCAUUUGGGCAUACUGGUGUCUGCUACUCUGUAUCUGGUGUGUACCAGAAGCUGUUCCAUGUGGAUCUCACUGCAUUGUGCGCAGUGGUUAACUAUUUGCAAGCUAAAUAAAUUUAGACAUUGGAAAUGAA